AUGCCGUUCAAGGGCCACUUCCUCGUGAAUACGCCUCACGAGGUGAACCUUCCCGGCCCACGCGCUUGGUACCUUGCCGUGCUCGCGUGCGAAAACAAGACCUGGCGGGUUGACGGACAUCUGGUCGCAUUCAUAUGCUCGCUCCCUGAUUCAGCCGGAAAGAAUUUUGGGGGGUGGUCCGACCCCAUACCCAUCCUCGCUGGUGGAGUCCAGUGUCAUCUAACCCACCCUGACGGCGACCCUGGCUCGAGCUGCAUCCGUACCGUCAUGCUCACGCCGGACGACAUCCGCGCACGCCGAAACACUAUCCGCGUCGCAGACGUCCACAUCGCGAUGCUGCCGUCGCCGCUGUCCAUGGUGGCGACGCACCAUCUCCGCAGAGGAUUGCAAGCGCAGGACUUCGAGCACCUGUCCACGAGCAUGGUCCAUGCGAUUCGCGACAUCCCUGUCGCCAUUCGGCUCGCGCCCUGGUGCCAAUCCCUUCUGCGCGCGCAGGGCCUCAGGACUACGGAGAUACGGCCCGUCCCUGUUGCGACUGGUCCGCCCCUGUGCGGGUUCGUGCUAUGUUGGAAGGACGGGGCGCAGCUCACGGUGCAGUGCCAGCCGCUGAUGAGCAUCGAGAAGGAGGGCGCGUCGAUCCGGGCGCGCAUGCACGACAUGAUCCUUCAUGUGAACCGCGUAGCGCCGCACCUCAUUGACCCUGUGCGUCACUGGGGCGACUGGCAAACGGUGACCGAAGCAUCUCCUCUGGUAGCAAAGGGGCGCGACAGCGAAGGGUUGAUCCGGACUGUUCAUCUGACGUUGAAGCAUCAUGAGGUAGGCACGUACAUGCUGGGCAUUGAGCCCCUAUGA